UUCUGUUUUUUGUGGUGACUUUUCAACUAUUUUCUUUGACUACGCCAUAAUAAGUCAAUAAGAUACACGAAACAGUAAGAACCUUAGUCAAGCCUGACUGUUUUUCUCAUCUACAGGAUAUGUGUUAGUGUUUGUAUUGGCUGUGAUAUUCAUUCUCUACAUUGAAAAAACAUGAGCUGGAUCUAUCCCAUAAUCUGGCUCUUGUGUGUGUAUGAUGGCUGGAGUUUAGUGGUCUCCAGGCUCUCUACACCCCCUUCCCUGCAUGGGGAGUUGGAGUCGCCCCUGUACCCCCGGCGUUACCCAGGCUCCCUGUCUGAGCAGUGGUAUCUCUCUGUACCUGUGGGCUACAGACUACAGCUCAGCUUCAUCCACCUGGACGUUGAGCCGUCAGCUGACUGCCACCAUGACUCAGUGACGGUGAUGUAUGAGCAGAAGGUGCUGGGAAAAUUCUGUGGUCAGGAGAAUUCUGCAGAAGGCCGUCACCCCGGCAGACAGCCCAUCCUGUCUCCCGGCAACCACCUCCGUGUAAUCUUUCAAACCGAUGACUCAAACGCCGGGCCGCAUCAGCACAUUGGCUUCUCUGCCUUCUAUCAGGCCAUAGACAUUGAUGAGUGCUCCUUGCCUGAUCCGGAUGAUGGCUCUGGACCCCUGUGCUCUCAGAUUUGCCACAACACCCUGGGGUCCUACCUGUGCUCAUGUCGCCAUGGAUACCAGCUCAGGCCCGACCAGCGCACCUGCAUGUUGGAUUGUGGAGGUGGUGUUUUUACCGAGAAAGAGGGAAUCCUGACUAGUCCACUGUACCCCCUCCCCUCCCCACUCGACCUGUCCUGUCGGUACCACAUCUCAGUGGAUCCCGGAUUCACCGUGACUCUAAAUUUUACGGGACCUUUUCACAUUGUAAGCACAGGACAGGAUGAUUCAAACUGUCUCCACCACUGGCUCCAGGUGUCCAUCCCAGAAAGAGAGCCCAUGAAGCUAUGUGGGGACAAGAGUCCAGGAGUGAUUCCCACCCAGUCCAACUCCGUUCAGCUGGAGUACCACACUGACUCUGCCGGGCUCAGCCACGGCUGGAAAAUGCAUUAUACCACACAGAAGGUGCAGUGUGAGUCUCCAGGUAGUAUCUCCCAUGCAAAAGUCACCCCCAGCUUUCCUCAGUACCAGUACAGAGACUACAUUCAUGUGCGCUGUGACCCUGGCUACAAGCUGAUGUUGCGUGGUGAAGAAAUCCGGGCCUAUUUCUCCGUGUGUCAGAGUGAUGGCCAGUGGCACAUUCCUCUUCCCCAGUGCCUGCCAUGAGUCACAGUGAAAGAUGGUGCGGCCCAGCAUACUGUAUGAAGAGACAAUGUUACUCCUGCUGAUUUCUGCCUGAUACCUCUGAAACUUGUGAAUUGGUUGUAUAAUGCUCAGAUGUUUUAAAUCAAAUGAUUUAGACCGCUCUGAUCAAAUGCUGUGUGAUGAAGAGGUGUGUAUGGAUUUCAUUCUCCAGUGAGUCAAAUGUAUAAUUUUUGAUAGGCAGAAUUGUUCCAGUAUAGGAACAGUAUUAUAGCUCUCAGAAUGGCAAUCAGAGAUGUCAGCUGGCUAACGAGCUAACUUGCCCUGCUUCCCAGGUCCUUAGAGAAAACAUCUCAUUAUUAUGGCAUACAAAAUUUUGUGGUGGAAAUGAGCAGUAAUUAUGGUACAAUGUUUGCAAACUAUAUGCUGUUAUGACAGAACUGAGUAAGACAAAAGCAUGAAAAAAUGGAAAUACAAUCAUGGAAAAAGUACAACAUGGAAAACUGAAUCACGUAGGGUCAUAUACACACUAUGCUCUUGCCAGUAUACAGUAUGGUCUUUGCUCUUGCAGCUUUCUGAUACUAUAUUAUAUUACAUUGCAUUAAAAUGUAUGUAUUAUAUUUUAAUGGGAAGAUGGCAAUCAUUU